AUGCCUCGCUUUCUUCCCCGACUUGCCAAGUUACCGCUGACCGGGAAGCUCAUUAUCCCUCCAAAGAAGCAACAACCCCCUUCGUUUGAACCGGUUUCACGCCCACCGCCCGUCGACCCCAGUCGCUCCCUCCUCCUCACACCAGGAAAUGUAAUAACCAACUCACGCGACUAUGAACGACACAAAACGCGAGCUCCAGUUUUUCGCCUCCGCCGAACUAAAACCACACCUUCCGACCUACGAGAAAUGACUUCGGAAGAGCGUCUUUUAUGGUCCAAUCCAUAUUUGCGAAUGCUGGGUAGUCCACUCCGACUUUGCACGCUCUCCAAGCGUGUCUUGCCGACAGACCUUAUGAUACGGAUGGCAAUAAUGCGAGCCCCUCAGACUUUGCGCACUGUGAAGAAAAAGAGUAGUCGUAUGCUCGUCCCGGAUGGUGUCCUACACCCUGCAUUCAAAAGCAAGAGAUCUACGACGGCAAGCUAUAUGCUUUGCUCCCGUUCUGCAUUUUCUGCGCUCCAUCUACCAAGAUGGGCCUUUCUAUACGACGCCGUUGUGUCUCCGCGGCUACCAGAACAAAUCUCACAUCAUCUCCGCCUGCGUGUUCUACAAGAGGUCGUUCUCCUCAUUAAAUCUUUGAGAGAAUGCUCUGGCUCGCCCCUUCCAAUACUUCGAAGGCUACGACGCAGUGAAUGGGUACAACUCAAGGAAACUGGGAUUCUACCCUUUCCAGGUGCUCUCGCUGUAGUGGUUCUACCACCCGUCAACCGCGAUCCCGAGACCAAACAACGACAAAAUAGUGAAGCGGCGAUGAGUGCAUCGCCUCUGGAGGAACUUCCUCGUGCAGACCCGAAACGCGAGCCGCUACCAUUGAGUGUGCUUUAUCCGACCUCUGCUCCCGUUCCAUUGGGCGAAUGGCCUACGUUUUUCCCUAGCACUUCCCCAGCCAAUACAAUGCCGCCGCCCCUGGCCGUCGAACAAGUACCGCUCUUCAACAGCGUUGCAUUAUUUCCCGGUCGCACUCAUCGCGCCAAGUUGUACGAGUUGUUCACCGAGAUUCUAGGACUUCAAGGCAAAAGCAGAUCAUCUGCGAAAAUGACAACCAACAAGGGUGACAACAAAGCGAGCCACGCAUUUCUGCUUUGCAGCUCAGAUGAAGUGGACGUGGGGGCACUCGGAAUUGCGCUGUGGCGAAUUCGGAUGUGGGAAACAAAUUGA